GGAAUCGGAGAAAAAGACUCGGAUAUUGCAGCAGUACGUGCAAAUUAUCCAAUGCGAUACCAGUGUGGAAUAUACUACUUUGAAGUCGAGAUUAUAUCCAAAGGAGUCGAUGGUCACAUUGGUAUUGGUUUCUGUUGGCCGUCAAGCAAACUCAAUAGACUUCCAGGUUGGGAAGUUCAUUCUUGGGGAUACCACGGUGACGAUGGACACAUCUUUUCUGGACCGGAGACAAGCAAAAAUUAUGGCCCAACAUUUGGCACAGGAGAUAUUAUUGGUUGUGGUGUCGAUUUCCGAGACAUGACAGCAUUUUACACCAAGAAUGCAAACUUUGGAAACCAACCUUACAAGUACGACAUACAUCAGUACAUUGAGAGCGAAAGAAUACAGAUGCAGGAAAUAGUAUAUAGGACCACACCUGUUCGUCCACAUCCACAUCCAAAUCCCAAUCUUAAUCUUAAUUUAAAUAUGAGUUCAAGUCAAAAAAAGGAUAAGCAUUCAAUAGCAACAACAGCGGCAGCAACAGCAGCAGCAACAACACCAACACCAUCACCAACGCCAGCACAAACACAAACACAAACACAAACACCAACAAUGAUAAAUGAUCCACCUGCUAUAGAAGAGGCAAAAUCAAAGGACGUGAUGAAUGCAUUGAUACUUGACUAUCUAGGAUAUUAUGGCUACUACAAUACAUCACAGGCCCUUAGAUCGACCUCAGUCAAACAUUUGGGUCCGUUGAUUGGAGAGACACCGAUGUUGGUAAACAAGGUAGAAUCUCCAGAUGCACGUAAUAGACAUGAUAUACGUAAAGCACUUGUGGAUGGAGAUAUUGAACAAGUGAUCAAGAAAUGUGAGACCCUUUAUCCUGGAGUAUUUGUAAAGAACCCUCAGAUAUUGUUUCGGCUACGGUGUCAGAUGUUUGUCGAAAUGGUCAGGGUAGCUCAAGGAGGAUCUGGAGUAGGCCAUGAAUCAAGCAAGACGACUAAUGAAGAUCUAAAAGACACACCGCCUACAAAGCGUAAAGUUUCUGAAGCCGGUCUUGAUGACACUGAUAAAGAUAAUGACGACGACGACGACGAUAAUAUUGAUGAUACUGGUGAUGAUACUGACGAUACUGGUGACAAUGACAAUGAUUGUAAUAACGGCGCCGAGUUGACUCAGCCUGAUGGAAAACGACGGAAAAAGAAACACCCGAGUGGGAGUGAAACAGAAGUAGAACCUGUUGUUAAUGUGGCGCCAAAAGGAACAGAAUGUUUUGCCUGCGAAAACACUCUUGAAAAAGCAAUGGUUUAUGGCGAGAAACUCAAGAAGCUUUAUGGAGAUCUAGCAGAAGAUGAUCCCGAGAGAAAAAAGACAUUGAGGGCUGUAUUUUCUGUACUUGCUUACACAAAUCCAGUUGAAGAAAAGACGAUUGGAUACUUGUUCAGCCAAACCCACAAAGAGAACCUUGCAUCAGAUUUGAAUGCUGUGAUACUUUUGCAUCAGAAUUACCACGAAGUACCUUCACUAGAAAGGCUUUAUUCACAACUUUCGACAACGAUUCAUGAACUGACAUUGGAAGGGAAUGGAAAGGCAGCGAUGGUGAGACCGCAUCAGGAUUGUCUGUGAUAUACAUACAUGAUAUGGCAUGUACACUCUUCUCUCUCUCACUCACUCGCACAAACACACACACACACACACAAUACACCCUACAUCCUAACAUUCCCUUAUCCGUACAGAUUAAAGCCCUUUAUACUUCUUUUCUAAAGUAACAUUAUAAAUCAUAAUCAUCAUUAUUGAAAUAUAUAUAUAUAUAUAUACAUAUACAUAUAUAAAAGGUAAAAAAAAUAAAAAAUAAAAAUAAAAUGAUUAACCACCG